AUGGAUCCCUACGACAGUGACUCCAGUUUGGAUGAAGACUUCACCGAUACCGGUGUUCUUCUAGGCUAUGCUGCUGAGGAUGUCGUCGAAGAUGUAAUCAGCCAUCUUGGAGGCUGGCCUAAAUGGCUUGAUGAUGCCUCCCCGGCACCUGGUGACUUUGCCAAUUGCAAAGUUUGCAACAGCCCAAUGCUGCUCCUCCUCGAAUUGCACGCCGACCUGCCCGAUCAUUUCCCAACCGACGAAAGACGCCUAUACAUAUUUGGCUGCCCCAGAAAACCCUGCAACCGCAAACCAGGCAGUAUAAGAGCAUUCCGUGCAGCGCGCAAAUUCAUCGUCGGCGAACAGAACAGACAGGUUGAAGCGAAAGCAGAGGAAACCAAGCCCGUCGCAUCAGAGCAACCCAAGCAGGACCUGGGUGCAAGCCUGUUCGGCGCAACAAACCUGACAAGCAAUGUCACCUCCAAUCCGAACCCCUUCUCAUCAGCUUCGGGCCCAACACCCGCAGGAAGCAACCCCUUCGCAACCCCAGUCCAGGCAACGGCACCUACAACCGAGAAGCCCACCGUGUCUGAAAGCGCCCUGGCCUCAACUUUCGCCGACAAAGUGCGCAUCUCCUCACCGGCCCCCUCGGCCGCGACAAAGAAAACACCAGAAUCGAGCACAACGGCGCCCUGGCCCGCGCAGUCCGCCUUCCCUCCGCCGUAUAAGAAUUUCUUCCUAGACGCAGAAUACGAGACUCUCUCGACUCCGUCUACACCCACAGUGCCAGAUAAUGUGCAGAUCGAACCAAUGGAAGAAGAAGGUGCGGGCGGCCCCGAGCUCAAGGACACCUUCGAGUCCGAGCUCGACAAGGACUUUAUGAAGUUCUCCAUGCGCCUCGAGCACAACCCGGAGCAAGUGCUGCGGUAUGAGUUCCUUGGUACACCACUGCUGUACUCGACCAGCGAUGAAGUCGGUACCCGUCUGCAUGCUCACAGUGCUUCUAAUGCCAAGAUCACCACAACCGGUGCAGGGAGCAUGCCAGCUUGUGAAUACUGUGGAAGUCAGCGUGUGUUCGAGUUCCAGCUUGUGCCGCAUGCUAUCAGCAUGCUUGAGGAGGGGCGUGCUGGUGUUGGUCUUGGAAAGGACGAUGCGGGCAUGGAGUGGGGCACUAUCAUCAUGGGAGUCUGUGGUAAGAACUGUACGCCGCAGGAGCUGGGCGUUACUGGGUGGCGGGAGGAAUGGGCUGGAGUGCAGUGGGAGGAGACGCGGUAG